CAUGAAACAGUCAAAGAACAAAUAUCUUAUACAACCUGUGAAGAUUUGAGGAUUUGUACAUUUGUGAUCAUUUGUUGGUGUAUCAUCAUGAGUCCUUUACUCUCUGUGCUGUUAUCAGGUUUUCUCUCAUUUCAAGACAUAGCAAAUGGAGCAGAAGAAAAUGCAGCACUAUGGGGAAAAACCAGUCAGACUUCAGUUUACUAUACGCUUGAAUCAAAAUAUGCUGUUGAUGGUGAUCCCACAACCAGGUCAGAAACCAACACAGGGAGUGACCCGUGGUGGAGAGUGGAUCUACUGAAUGUAUACCGAGUGAACCGAGUGACCAUCACUAACAGAAAUAGCGGCUAUUAUUACAGGAUAAAUGGUGCAGUUCUUCGAGUUGGAAACUAUCUUGACUUGUACAGUAACACCAUAUGUGCUGUAAUUCCCACUAUUCCAUCUGGGGUCACGUCCACCUUCAAUUGUGGUGGAAUGGAGGGACGUUUUGUCUAUAUACAUAUUCCUGGAAAUAACCAGAUUCUUGCUCUCUGUGAAGUUGGAGUCUAUGGGUAUUUGUUAGGUAACUUGGCAAUAGGAGGAAAUGUUACACAGUCAUCAACAUAUUUGUCCUGGUUUGCUGGACAGGCCAUUGAUGGCAAUCGAGGUUUCAAUACACAGGCGAAUACAGCAUGCUCUUCUACCAACAAUGAGAGUAACCCAUGGUGGAGGGUGGAUUUGAAUUAUGCAUACAUAGUCAACACGGUGGUCAUCUCUAAUAUAAUUUGCUGUCCAGAACGAAUAAUUGGAGCUGAGAUUCGUAUUGGAAACUCCUUGGAGAACAACGGCAACAACAACCCCAUAUGUGCUGUUAUUCCCAGUAUUCCAGCUGAUAAUUCCUCCAAAUACUCAUGUGGUGGAAUGCAGGGGCGUUAUGUGAAUCUGAUCAUUCCUGGAAAUAUGAAGAUGCUCACGCUGUGUGAGGUGGAGAUCUAUGGAGAAGGUCCUGUUUUUGAACACUCUUUUGUAAGGAUGCGCUUCAGCUCCAAAGAUGAUUUGACUGACCCUGUAAUGAGAGACAAGAUUCUUAAACAGUUGGAAUCUGUUUUGGCAAAACGUGGAUUUCCAAAUGCGACGAUCAGAUGGUCUCAAACCCCGAAACCGGAAGUGAUUCAGGAGACUGAAACACGUUCUUGCAGUACAGAAAACUAAUACCCCACAAAAGGCUUUAAAAUAUUUAUAAAUCUGAAUGCUGAUAUGUUUUUUUAUUAUUAAU